GAGAUCAAUUUGUGCAUGUGCAUGCCCAUGUUUGUCAUUAGUGAGUGGACACAGCGUGAUCAAGCAUGCAGCCUCAUUGAUCAUUACCAACCUGGCUGACACUCUGGACCCAUCAUGGAGUCGGGGAAGCAGCUAACAGGUACACUGGCCCUGGCUGUGUUCACAGCAGCUCUGGGGUCCCUGCAGUACGGCUACAGUCUUGGAGUCAUCAAUGCACCGCAGAAGGUCAUUGAAAAGCAUUAUGGGAGGUCCCUGGGGGUGUGGUCAGAGAGGGCUGCUGUCCUGUCAGAAAACAGCACAGAUGAAGAAGGGCUCCCAGAGGCGGGACAACACCCUGACGUGGUCAUGUAUUGGUCAUUGUCGGUGGCUAUCUUCUCCAUCGGCGGCAUGCUAUCGUCCUUCCUGGUGGGAUUUGUGGGAGACCUGAAAGGGAGGGUAAAGGGCAUGCUAAUGGUCAAUGUUCUGGCUGUAGCUGCCGGACUGCUGAUGGGUCUUUGCAAGAUGUGGAAACCUCACAUCAUGGUCAUCUCCGGCCGCGCCAUCAUGGGCUUUUACUGUGGGUUGACAUCUGGGUUAGUGCCGAUGUAUAUUGGAGAGAUUGCACCCAAGGCUUACAGAGGGGCUCUGGGCACAUUACACCAGCUGGCCAUUGUUAUUGGCAUCCUCAUCAGCCAGGUAAUAGGAUUGGACUUUUUAUUUGGUAACGAUGAAAUGUGGCCUGUGUUGCUUGGUUUGUCUGGAGCUCCGGCAGUGUUACAAUCCCUUCUGCUGCCUCUGUGCCCCGAGAGCCCACGGUACCUUUACAUUGUACUCAACAAGGAGCAGGAGGCUCGAAAAAGUCUGCAUCGUCUAAAGGGGGCCUAUGAUGCAACUCCUGAUCUGGAGGAGAUGAAGAGAGAGAAAGACGAAGCAGACAAGGAGCCCAGGGUCUCUAUCCUGUCUUUGAUCCGCUCCUCCGUGUACAGACAGCAGCUGUUUGUCGCCCUCAUGAUGCACCUCUCCCAACAGUUAUCUGGCAUCAACGCGAUCUUUUAUUACUCCACGGCUAUCUUCACUCGGGCUGGUGUUGGUCAGCCGGUCUAUGCCACAAUAGGAGUCGGGGCCAUCAACACAGUCUUCACUCUGGUGUCUGUUGCUCUGGUGGACAAGGCUGGCAGGCGCACUCUGACUCUGGUUGGUCUGGCAGGGAUGUGUUGCUGUGCAGUUGCCAUGACACUCGGCCUCAGAUUCCAGGAUGAAUACUCAUGGAUGAGCUACGUCAGCAUGUCAGCAAUCUUCCUCUUUGUGAGUUUCUUUGAAAUCGGUCCUGGUCCCAUUCCAUGGUUCAUAGUCGCUGAACUGUUCAGCCAAGGACCUCGGCCUGCAGCUAUCGCUUUAGCUGGCUGCUGCAACUGGACCAGCAACUUCAUCAUAGGCAUGACCUUUCCAUACAUACAGGCUUUGUUGGAUUCUUAUGUUUUCAUCCUGUUUGCUGUUCUGCUUUUCGGCUUCACUGCCUUUAUUUAUUUCCGGGUCCCUGAAACCAAGGGAAAAUCUUUUGAGGAGAUUGCUGCUGUCUUCCAGAAUGGCCGGAAAAAGUCGGCACAGAUCCGCAUAGACAAUGCGGAACUGCAGCAGCUCAAAUCAUCCACAGAUGCCUAAAGCAACAGUGGUGUAGAGGAAGGAAAAGGUUUAGCACACUUAAAGAGUGGCACGUCUCUCUGGUGCUUUCAGAGUAGGGUAGUCUUCUAUCAGGAGAUUAGAGAUUAAGUCCAAACUGUACAUGAGCACAAAGAGUAGAGGCAACAAACCUUGCUAAAAAGACGCUUUUGACGCCAGAUGUGUCUUCAUCAGUCGGGACGUUAGUCUUUUGGACUUGAUCUCUGAGGUCUCUCCUGAUAGAAGACUGCCCUAAUACAGCUAUGUAUUUGCGUGGUCAGUUUGUAAGUGUGUGCAAGGGCAUGUCCAUUUGUCAGUAUUUCAAAAGUCAAGUGUUAAAGGUCCAGUGUGUAGGAUUAAUGGGGAUUUAUUGGCAGAAAUCGAAGCUAAUAUAAUAAUUCUUUGAUAAUGGUUCAGUUUAAUCAAAUUCAAGUUCAUUUGCCCCCAAUGUGCAGUUCGUUUGGGCAGGUGUGAACUAGGAAAUCACACUCAGGUGUGCACCAAAAC